AGCAAAUAUGUGAGAUUUAACACCGUAUCUUUCAAAUUUUAACUAUAUAUACAAAAUUAUUAGAUAUUUAGUUCUCUGAAAACUCCAAAGAUACUAGGUGUACAUGCAAUUCAUGAAGAUGAAGAUCAUAGCGACUGCACUAUUUAUUUGUCUGUUGCCCGCAGUAUUAUGUUGGGACUUCCCAGGAUAUCCUGGAGUCGAUUGCCCAACUGCUCGAGAAAAGAUGUCUGCAGAUCCUAAACACAACUGGAUGAUCCCGAAGUGUAACGCCGAUGGCACCUACCAGGAUAUGCAGUGCUACGACAUCGAUGACCCUGACGCAUGCAUGUGCACUUACAAAGACGGAUCUCCCUUGACUCUUCCAGGGUUUGGCGUGAACAUCACAUCAUGCGUCUGCCCUGUCGUCGCAACUGAUCUUUAUUUCUUGGACAAGGAAGAAGGUUUCAUGGAGUGUGAAAAGGGUGGCUACUUCAGACCUCUGCAAUGCAGCGAAAAAACUAAGGAAUGCUGGUGUGUGACCAAAUACGGAAACCCAGUGACACCUCGAUCACUUGACCGAAAAUCCUGCGAUGAUGUCGCUGACAAACUGUAAUCUCUAUGCUUCUUCAUAAUCAAUAAAUUAUCUUAAAUAUU